AUGUUUCUUUUCAUACGGUCCCAAGUGGGGACUGUCUGGCCCUAUUUUGGUGAGGAAAAGGUUGGUAGGGUUGGUGGUGCCAGAGAUGCCAAGUCUCACAUUUGUGCCAACAUUGUUCCGGUAAAGUUUACUAGGAAUAUCGUACCUCCAACUGGCUCCUUCAAGUUCUCAGGAAAUUCAAUUGACUGGGAUCAGAUUUGCAGACAAGGACCAGAAGCUAUGAGGAAGGUUGAUAAAUCAGCUCUCGCUGUUGGAAAGGGACUUCCUGUCCUCUCACCGUCUCUCAAAUUUAUUGCAAAGGAGGCCGUGUUGAAUUCGCAGGCACUUGACUGUCAUGUUCGGUUUGCUCAUUGCUCUUUGACUUCGGUGAAGCAUUUAGCCAAGCUUGCUGAUCCUCCCUUUGAGGUGACCAAGCGUGACGAAGAGUUGAUCAAGGACUGUGUCAUAUGUGGCACGUCAAGAAGCAUUAAGCGGUUCACUUCUCCGGAUAAGCAUAUAGCUUCUGAAUCCACGGCUCCGUUAGCCCAGAUUCAUGCUGAUCUCGUCGGUCCCAUAGGUCCUGCCUCUUCAGGGGCCAGGUACAUGCUGAAUAUCAUUGAUGCAUUUUCUGGUUACAUCUAUGCUUUUGCUCUGGAAUCUAAGGAUGAAGCUCCUGGGAAACUUAUCCAGUUCUUUAAGCAGUUUGUGCCCAAAGCUGCUCGCCGUGCUGCUGACGGCAAGGCCACCAAGCUUAUUACUGACAAUGGUGGUGAAUUUAUCUCUGGCACACUUGGAAAAUUUUUGGCAGAUUGGGGCGUCAUUCAUAUUUUAACUGCUCCUGAUGAACACCAACAAAAUGGAAAAAUUGAGCGUGCCCACCGCACACUUCGUGAGAUAUCUACUAGAGCCUUGAUGCAGUCGACACUCUGGGCCAAUAUCUACUGGGACUCUGCCUGGCUCUACGCUGUGCAGCCAAUUUACGAGGGUGACAUUCUCAUUGACUACAGUGAGGUUGGAAAUCGUGACCCUGACUACAGUGACUCUUCCACUGAUGAAUCAGAAAGUGAAGAUGAAUCUGACUCUGACGACUACUCUCCCACUUCACUCUCUGGUGGUGGUGGUGGUAACUUUGGCUGGACUUAUGUGGGCUCUGAGGGAAGGAGCCACAGAUCCAGCAGAUUGGAGGACCAGGAUUCUACUUCUACAUCAUCGACACCUAUAACUGUAAACUCUUUUCAACCGUUGGAAGAUGUUGAUGUGGAGCUGGUUGCAGAUGAAUCAAUUAGUGUUGCUGACGACAAAGAUACACUUCAGUCUGAGGAUCAUAUAUUGCUCGAAGAUUCUGCUGUUGAUGAUGCUGAUUUGAGAUCGGUGAACUCCAACGUAGCUGGUCGCCCUGGUUCCGAAGAUACUAACGAAGAUUUUUCUCACGAAAAUUCAUUUUCUGAACAUAUGGUAAAAGCUCCAGAAAGCCUUUGCUCCAGGAACUCAGUCGCCCUCAGUGGUGGCUCAUCAAACAAUGUGGAUCUUGCGCUGUCUGGAACUGCUGAACUUAUCCGUGAGGCUUCAGCUGUUGAAACCGCGAACCAAUCUUGUGGUGACAAUCAGGAUGCGGUUGACUCAGAAACCAAUGAUGAAGACAUGGAUGGGUCUGUGGAACAUAUACUGGGUUUCGACGAAUUGGAAGACUCAUCAGAUUCUGAAUUUUCGUCUAGCGACGUUGUCAUGGAUUCCUCUACUAAGUUGGAGGAAGCUCCUGCGAGAGAUGUCGGGGUGCCGCAAGUUUUAGGUGACACUCAAGGUACUGCUACAAGCACAAAUAAUCCUGCCAGCAAUCAACUGGUUUUGGCGGCGGCGGAACUUGUACGGGCCACCACCGAGCUAGUACAAAAUACGACGUCAGCAAAUCGGUCUGCCAGAAUGGCUGAGGCGGAGCCAAGUGGCUGGCUCCUCAGGUAUACGGCAGGAGCUACCGGAGCUACCCCAGCGCCCUCCUCUGAGAGGCUGUUGCUGGGAGCUGGUGGUUCUGAUACUGUUACUACUGCUGCAUCUGGAAGUGGCAGUGAACUGAGAGACACUGCUGAGAAUGAUCGCCCACGCUUACCGCCUGCACCAUCUACUCAGAGGCUCCUGCUAGAGUAUGGGCGAGCAGGGGACGCUACAAGCUUUGGGGACAAUGCAAGCGACGUGCAGCACAGCUCCGUGCAACAAAAUCGACAUAUGCUACUUCCGGCUCCACCUUCGAGACGGUUGUUGUUGGCAGCUCCUCCUUCUUCUUCUGAACAUGAUUCGCAAACUGCUGGGCAAGUAGCUGUUCGACAAGCAAGCCAACACUCUGCUCCGGCAGAAGCCCAACAACCUCUUGCUGAUACUGAAAGAAUUACUAGGUCUGCUGCGGGUGCUGCGGGUGCUGCGGGUGCUGCGGGUGCUGCGAGUGCUGCGAAAGUGCCUGCUCCGUCAAAGUAUCCUCAGAAAAUUCGACUUCAAGCUCUUCACCAAGAUUGGAAAAUGGAAGCCACGAAUGAUUCUCCUACAACACCUUCUACUCCUGCUUCUUUGUCCUCGGAAUCAUCUGCACAUUCGGUGCCAGGCUUUAAGAAAUCUGCGAAAAGAAAUCGCUCUGCAAGCCCAACCACUACAGCAUCGGGCUUGCUUUGGGGCUCUCGCUCCUCUGAUCGGCACAGUGAUAAACUGAAACUCUCGAACUCUGAGUCAGCUUUGGACUCGGAACCUGAGUCACUGCUACAUGGCUUGCCACCUCGAGAUCCGUCUGCCGGGGCUGCCGACGAUGUCAUUGGCAUUGGCUGCAUCUACUCGAACUCUGAAGAACCAACUGUGAAAGCCCGCAUGGCGUCUGGAAGACUUGACACACUCAACGCUAUUAACAUUAAGCUUCCAAUUUUAAGAAAUGACAUCAAAGUGUCAGAAUCUAGCAAACCAGGUCUCUACUUUACGGCUCCUGAUGUGGAGAAUGUUAGAGCUCUCAUCAGCGACAGAGAUUGGGCCGAUCUUAAGGAUCGCCCUGCCUUCAUUCGAUUUCCGAAUGUGGGAGUGGCGCUGCUCGACCCUGGCAAGAAGCUAAAAAGGGACCCACGGUCACUUGCGGAAGCCAACAACAGAGAAGAUAAGCGCUUCUGGUUUGAUGCGGCCUAUUCGGAAUUUGCUGCCAUUGAUGGAAAUCAUGUCUACCAAGUUGUGCCUCUCCCGGCGGGUCGCAAAGCCCUUGGCACCAAAUGGGCUCGUCUUGUUGUUCAGGGGUUUCGUCAGAAGUUUGGUGUUGACUAUGUUGACACCUUUGCGCCAGUGAUGAGAUUCAGCACUGUUCGUCUCAUUUUCGCCCUAAGUGCGGCGAAGAACUGCGAGAUGCACCACGUCGAUGUUAAAAAUGCUUUCUUGAAUGGAGAUCUAGAAGACAUCUAUGUCAAGCCACCAACAGGAAUUGACCAUAAUACCCCUCCUGGCAUGGUCUGGAAGCUGAAUAAAAGCUUAUAUGGACUGAAGCAAGCCCCUCUGUGUUGGAACAAGAAGCUUGUUGACAAGUUGGAAGCACUAGGUUACAAAGCUGCCAAGAAAGAACCCUGUCUCUUUUACAAGAUUAAUGGCAAAGACUUCAGUAUUAUAGGUCUUUAUGGCCUAUCUGGUUACUUUGCCAUCAAAGAUGAAGGUGGUGUUAACAAAUUCUUGGGAAUCAGAGUCCAGGACUCCGACAGGACAAUAUCUCUGGAUCUGGAACAUUAUAUUGCUGACAUGAUUGAGGUUUUCAAAUUGAGUAAUCAAACAGCUAAGUCGAUACCGUUGCCCAAGAAACAUGGCCUUGAUUUCCCACAGGGCCUCGAUGCUCGUCCAGCUAACCAAUCGCUGUAUCGCAGCAUUCUUGGCAAGCUACAGUUUGCUGCACAGACGGCCCGUCCGGACAUUGCCUACGCUACAGGCAAGCUUGCUCAGUAUGCGAGUGACCCUAGAGCUAUUCAUAUGGAUAGAGCAUAUCAUGUUCUGAGCUACCUCAAAGGCACCAAGGACCUGGCAAUUGUCUAUCACAAAAUGUACCAGGGGCCUCUCCGCGGCUUCUGA